AAGAAUCGCACAUGGAACGAAUUCGAAACAUGCUAAUAGUUCGGUCUCUUUUGGUAUUGUUAUGCAGCGGCAUAUGUCAAGGACUGGGUGAUGCAGAAAUUCUACGGAGGUUUGAAGAAAUGGAAAGGCGCGAGGCUGUGAAUAAUGUGAGGUACGCAGAUAUGGAGAGACGGCUGAUUGAUGUGACGAACAGGGAGCAAACCUUGAAUGAACGACUCGAUGGCCAGGCAGAAGAAAUCGAGAAACUGCGGGACACGGUUGCCCAGCAGCAGGCUAGAAUUGCGGAGCUCGACGCCAGUCAACAACGAAAAACACAGGAUUCUAAAGGCGGUAACUCCGAUUCAUCGCAAUCCGACAGUUUGGAAAUAGAAGAAUCGGAUGAGGAAAAUACUGCUAAAGAAAUGUCAAGGAUGGGAAGACGUUCAAUUCCAGAGACGCUCGUGGCAUUCUCAGCUUUCCUGGGACACGAUCAAAUCAACGUAGAUCGUAAUGAAAUCAUCAUAUUUGACAGUGUUCUUGUGAACACUGGGCACGGCUACCAUUCGAGUCUUGGCAGCUUCAUCGCGCCCGUUGCUGGUGUUUAUUUUUUUACAGUUACACUGUUGCAUCCAUACUUACCCUACUCUAUGCACGCUCAAAUCAUGCACAACGGAAAUCCUGUUUCAUACAUUCAUGGCGAGCAUAGGCAGUUUGCACAGGCUUCACAAUCUUUCCUGUUAAAUGUAAAUGCCGGCGACGAGAUCUUUGUUAAAAACGUUGACUUCAACGACCAAACUUAUCAAGCGACGUAUAGUACGUUUUCAGGGUAUCUAUUAUGGACGUCGUAAGCAUGAUUGAUAACUUGUGUUCUUUGUCACGAUGUUUAAAUAAAUUUGAACAGCAAAAGA